CUACAAAAUUAAAUUAUGAGGAAGACAUCAAUGCACUUUGACAUGGCCCCAACUAGGACCUCAUCAUUGUUCCUUGACAAAGGAAGACCUUCCACUCGGAUUACUAUUAAUAACAAAUAAGAGAGAACAACUUAAUGAGAAUAAGGUCACAGAGAUAGAACGAGAAAAUAGGAUUCUUUAUGAGAAAAUGGCCCGUAUUCACACAAGAAAAGCUCCUCAUAAAUUGUCUAAGAACUUCACUUCCAGAAUUAAGGGUAUUAUGAACUUUGGUAAGAAUCGACAAAGAAUUAUGAAGAAAGAUGCAAUAGAAAAGGAAAACAAAAAGUUCUUACAAAGAUUACAAAAUUCUUCCCCUACUUAUAAUGUCAGAAAAUGGGAAAAUGAUCGAAAAAGGUCCAAGAAAUAUGCAAAUCUGAGAUGUCAGCAUCCUUAUGUUCUUGAUGAGAAAAGAAGCAAAGCUGCUAAUAGAUCUAAUGACAUUGGAAGCGUUCGGAGGUUUUUUGGAACAAAUAAGGCAUCAGAGGACUUAGUUAAUACUCAGAGUAUUAUGGAUGAUCAUUCUGUGUCUUCUAGGAUAAAUCCUAACCCUUAUAACUAUGAUUCAUCGAUAUUGCCUGAAUUGCCACCCCCAAAUAGCUCUACUUCAUUUGCUACUAAUAAUUAUGAUUAUUGCCCUCCACCAGAAGAACAACCAGAUUACAUCUCUAACAUGAAGAGGCUAGAGAAGAUCAGAGAGUCAGUCAAGUCUGUUGAUCAGUUCCUUGUUGUCAAGAGGAAGAAGCUGUACCAAGGAAUUGUUAUUAUCUCUAAAUAAAGAAUUCUACAUUGACAUGUUUAUUACAAAAACAAAAUUCUACAUUUCAGCUGUAGAGCUUUCGAUUAAAUAAGCCUUAUAUGAUUGAGCUCUAUGUAAACCAAGCUAAAAAGCUGCUCAAAGCUUUCUCAGGCUCUGGAGAUGAAUCCAACCUCUUCACCCAUGAAAAUUUCAAUGCUUUAGUAAUGAUGCUUCAAUUCAAAUAUGAUAAACUCUCUAUCAAAGGGAUGAAUAAAAUAUUAUAUGAAGACUUUUCAGCAUUUGCUUCAAGCCCAAGAGAGAGGACUAAGUCUAUAAAGGGAUCAGCACCAAAACCACCUCGCGAUAAGAAGUAUUCAGAGUUCUACAAACACAGGCCUUCCCCUCGGUCAGGAGAGGAGUCUACAAAUACCUCAGUGAGAUUGAAAUCUCGAUUAUCAAUCGACCAAAAGAUGGAUAGUUCUUCUCUCUACCACGAACUGCAGAAACUAAUGAAAUAA